AUGGAAGAAGGUGCAAUCACAUUGUUGAAUAAUUUGGACCUCAAUGUUGAUAACUAUACCAUAAGAAUACGCAUUGUUCGUUUGUGGACAAGAGCUGAUUUCAAUAACGCUAGAAAAGUGUAUUGUUAUGAUAUGAUAUUCAUGGACAGUGAGGGAACAAAAAUGCAAGCUUUUGUUUUGGCUAAAAACGCAUCUGGAUAUCAACAUCUUUUGGAAGAAAAGCGUUGUUUGACGAUUAGAAAUCCUUCAUUGGGUGAGAAUCGUCAGAAGGUGAAGUACGCUAACGGUGGUUUGAAGAUUAACCUUAAUAACAACACCGUUGUUGAGGAAUGCCACGAGGCUAUUGGUUCUGAAUGGGGUUUUGAUUUUACUCCCUUUGAUUCAGUUGUGGAGGAUCCAACAGUUGACAACAAGUUUUUUAAAAGUCCAAUUAAUGUAAUUGGUUUUGUGGUCAAAAGUUUUCCCUUCGAGGUAGACACAGAAACUAAUAACGGACAAAACCAGAAGAAAGUCACCUUUAUGCUUGAAGACUUGAACAAUAAGCAGAUCUUCGUGACGCUUUGGGACGGUUAUGCGGAUCAAAUAAUGGAGUAUGAGAGCAGCAAUCGAGGUGAAAAAAAUGUCGUCGUAAUCAUUCAGUUUGGGAAGUACAGAUUCUGGGGAGGGCAUUUGUCUGUUUCAAAUUUGUAUACUGUCACCCGAGUCUUAAUUAACAGUGAUAUUGAUGAGGUUGCUGAGUUUAAACAAAGAUUUAUCGAGAAACUUUCUCCCGAAAUGUCUUCCAGUUAUUCUGGCCUAAGUUCUUCGGUUGCGAAGUCUGCCACUGAAGAAUUUCUUUCUGACCUCACCUUUUUUCCCAUUGGGUCGUUAACCUCAAUAGAUACGACGAGGUUUGUUGUCAUUGUUGGCACUAUCAAGAGUUUUGCAUCGAACAAUGAGUGGUUUUACAACGCGUGCACAAACUGCAACAAAAAGGUUUCAACCGUUACUGUUGUUAAAGAAAAGCAGGAUGGUACUGAUGGUUCUGAAGAGGUUACUGUCUUAGAAUGCAAGACUGAUAUUUGUAAUACAAGGACCGUUACAUCAAUUCCACGAAUUAGGCUUUAUAUACGUGUCCAAGAUUGCACUGGUAUUGUGAGUCUAACAUUGUUUGAGCGUGAGGUGACAAAGCUUUUGAAGGUUAAUGCUAAUCAGCUUUUAGACAACAACAUUGAAGUAUGUAGUAAAUUGUAA